CAUGUAUUCUCUGGCUGGCCUUUUGUUUAUCAACUAUCUUCCCAAUUAAUCUGCAAGCGAUGCGUACGGAGCUGCGAAAAUUGACGUUUACCUCCUUUCUUCCCGUUGAGGUACAUUCUUCACAAUGCCAGAAAAGCUCCCAGACUAUGAUUUGGCAUUAUAAGCAAAGAAUUCCAAUAGUUUACAAGACCAAAGAGAAGGUUGCAGCAAGACUCAAAUGAUUGCAUUUUUCAAUGAGUGUUCUCGCUAAAAGAAAGACAUCCUAUGAUAUAAUUCAAGGGCCAGAACGCUCCUACCGGCUUCAGUAUCAAAACGCACAACCAACGUCUAGUCUCCA